UUUUGAUGAGAUAAAAGUAUUUGGUUCAUCCGUUUUUUGAGUUAUCUUUUUUGUUUACUUCUCAACUGACCGUUUCAUCUUUAAAUCAUUAACAGGACGACAUGUCGAGUUAUAAACUGACGUACUUCAACAUCUACGGUCUCGCCGAGCCAAUUCGUUUUUUAUUCAACUACGGAGGCAUCAAUUUUAUCGAUGAGCGCAUGACCGAAGAGGACUGGCUGAGACUCAAGCCAACUAUGCCAUUUGGCCAAGUACCGGUUCUCGAGGUAAAUGGAAAAAAAAUUAAUCAAUCAACGGCGAUCUGUCGUUAUCUGGCAAAACAAGUCGGUCUAACCGGGCAGGAUGAUUGGGAAAAUUUGGAAAUCGACGCUGUUGUCGAUACUAUCAGUGACUUACGCGUCAAAAUCAAUGCGGCUCACUAUGAGAAAAAUGCCGAGUCCAAAGCUCAGAAGCUGGCGGUAGCAAAGAGCACGACCGAUUUGGUGAUCGAUCGAUUGAACGAUCGCGUCGCCAAGAACAAGGGCCACCUGGUCAAUGGAAAACUUACCUGGGCUGAUCUGUACUUUGUGGCUCAAUUAGACUUGCUAAACGCCCGAGCCGCUCGAGAUAUCCUCGAAAAUGCGAAAAAUCUUCAAGAGUUGAGGGACAAGGUACUAGCAUUACCGAAGAUCAAGGCUUGGAUUGAAAAGAGACCAAAGUCUGAUUACUAAACUAUUGUACUGUUACAGACAAAUAAUUUUAUAUAUCCAUUAUAAAACCAUACAUUUAUAUUGCAAUGAAAAUAAAGUGUUGAGUGCGUUCAUUUGCGUAAAGAUCA